AUGGUCCAGGGCAUCGCGCUCGGGCUCGCCUACCUGCACUGCGACCUCAAGUCGUCCAACGUGCUGAUCGACAAGGCUUGGAAUGCCAAGCUCGCUGUCUUUGGGCCGGCGCACAUCAAGCAGGGAGAACGAGACCAGACCACAAGAGGAAGCGGUGGGGUGGGGCCAGGGGCAGGCCAGCCCGUCUUCACCUUUGGCCUCCCCUGGGGCGGCGGCAUCCGUCGCUUCGUGGUGCCCCCCGCGCCGCUCAAGUCGGGGCACUACUCGAGUAGUGGCGGCAAGGCCCGCAAUCACCAACCCUUGCCGCACGCAAGUGACGCGAUGCAGCCGCAGCCACCAGCAUUCGUGGGCCUGUCCCGCAGCGACGGCUCGUGCGACAUACACCACUUCAAGGUGCUGCAGGUGGAGGCCUCGUCGGUGUGGGUGGACUUCCUGGCGGUGCCCGUGGUGCCCGACCCGACGUCAACUGCGGCCGCUGCGCCACCACCCACAUCGGGCACCGAGAGCGACGGCGGUGGCGCGGUGCCUCUCGAGCAGCAGGGACCGGCCGGCCCGGGGCGACGGGCGCCGAGGGCGACAGUGGUGGUGUCGCUGCACGAGCGCGAGGGCGACGAGGUCGAGGUCAAGGCCUGGGAGCUGCGCCAUGUCGUGGUGCGCGGCGACCAGGCCCGGAAGAAGGCGCCAACGUCACAGCACCACCACCAGCAUGCCUGCGAGUGGAAGGCGAUCGAGGUCGAGGUCGAGGUGCCGCUGCGGUUGGAGAAGACGCUGGACCACUGGCGACAGGCUGCCGCCUCGGUCGCCGCCAGCACCACCACGUCAUCGUCGUCUUCUUCGUCUUCAUCAUCUUCCCCGCCAUCAAAGCCAACGAGCGCGCUGUCGGGAGCCGCCGUGGGCGUUGGUGGUGAAGGAGGCUCGUUUUCGUAUCUGCACGCGGCCAAGGGCCGAAAAGACGGCGACGAAGAGGACGACGACGAUUAUCAGCCACCAACAGCGGGGCGACGUACGAGCGUGAUGCCGCUGCCCAACCCCACCGAGGCACACGUCGCCUCGGACGGCGCGCGGAUGGUGGUCGCGGCCAAGGGCGUGGCCGAGAUCUGCGUGUGGAGCGCUGCCCUCCACACCGUCACGCUCGGCAAGACGCGCCGUCGGCAGCUGCGAUUGACGUUCGAGCGGCUGCUGUCGUACCCCGGGAUGGAGGUGACCUGCCUGGCGCUCGUGCCGUCGUCGGGCGCUACGGUGGUGGCCGGCACCGAGCACGGGCUCGUGAUGCACCAUCUGGACAGGAGCGACACCAAUCAGGCCUGGAGCGUCCUCGCGCUCGAACCCGCGACCAGCGCGACCAGCGCAACCAGCAUCACCGCCAUCUACCCGAUCGAGCGCAGGUCCGAGAGUGUCACGUUCUCGUGCCUCGACAGUCAGGGGAGCCUCUUCCUCGUCACGCUAUGGGCGACGACCGCGGAGGGCGCGGAUCCCAUCGCGCGGGUCGUCCGUCUGAUGGUGCCCUUCAAGCUCAACCGCUACCUCCUCACCGUCCUCCCGCCCGACGACCAUCUCGAGAACGGCGCGCUCAUCUUCGCGACGGGCCAGUGUAGCAUUUACCUGUGCACGUUCCACGGCGUCCUGGAGCACACCCGGCAGAGGCCGCAGCUCGAGGCGCGCAGCGGUGACGAGGACACGACCAAGCAGGUGUGGGGCAAGCCGCUGCAGCUGCCCCUGACGCGGGCCAUCCUGAGCGACAGUCCAGUGGUCACGCUCGCGGCGUCGGCGCCCUUCCACGCCCAGGAGGUGGACGUACUCGACACGGUGUGCCUCUACGUCGCGACCGUCGCCGGCGCCAAGCUCUACAUCGUGUGA